AUGAGGGUGACUAAACACUACAGGAAUGUGGCUUUAGCAGGGACCACAAGGAGCACUGUGGGGACCAUUGCCACCCAAAGCCAAAAAGUUUGGAACUUCAUCAUCGAGCUUCCUGAGGAAUACGGCGUUCCUGAUGUCAUGGUUGUGGACGACAACCCAGAUGUAUGUGCAGGCAUUCCUCCACUCCAGGUUCAUGAGGUCGUCCAACAGCUGUUGGACAUUGACGAGGAGGCCGAUGAAGACACAGACGACAGCGACGACUCAGACGAGGAGAGUGAAGACUCUGGCUACGACUCCGUGUUUGAAGAUGAAGAGGAAGAGGAGGAUGAUGACAUCAGACCUCAUGCCCCCCUCGACCAGGAGUUCCCACCAGUGCGCCACGCGUCACCUUCCGUCCCUGCUGGUCCCCCUGUCCACGUUGGUCCUUCUGCCGGUCCUCCAGGUGGACUUCCCACCCCUCAGAGUCCAGAAGAGUGUGCACCCUCAACCUCAGGCCUCAACGUCUUCCCAAAGAGGAGCCGGGAGGAGAGCAGCACGGAGCAGGUGAGUACGAAGAGGCUGAGGACGUGCGGUGAAGAAAACCCUGAAGAAUCAGCUCCUUCCACGUCAGACCUCAACUUCAGCACCAACCGAAGAUUCUGGCACGGUCCUUUCCAGUUCACAAGAUGGACCGAUGACAGUGACUCUGACUGAAACACAGAGCCUGUUCUUUGCAGGAAGGGAAAGUAUACACACACAUGAACACACAAACAUGCACCCACACACAAGAAAUACAAACUAUGACGACUGUUGUUGAUUUCUUGAUGAAAUGUAGACGCCUGCACACAAGGUAAGUAGAGAUGAAUAUCUCUGUGUAAAAAGUUCUACACAUUUUUAUCUUUCAGUAAUUCAGAGAUUAUUUUUCUAACUAACUCUGUCAGUGUUUUUUCAUGAUAAGGUGAAGCAGACAAAGGUAAGUUAACACUCAGUCACAACAUUAAAAAGUCUCCUGUUAGUUUUGAUCCCACUCACUGAUCAUAUAAAGGACUGAGUGAUAAGGAUUUAAACGGCUGUAAUGGCUGAAUCCAUGUGGACAAGACCAGAAGUGACGAUGAUGAGGAAUACGACUGAACAUGGAGAGAAGAAUAUUCUGGACCAGAUGAGAAGGAUGGAUGAGCAGAGGACCUGCUGCAGAGCGGUGAUAGCCUUUCUUUCAGUGCGCUCACUCAGAGAGGAACAUCUUCCUGCCCCCCCGACACCACCGUCUUCAACCACCAGCCCAGAGGAUGAGGAGCGCACCAACCAGACCAACACAGAGGAGGCUAUUAGCUUCUGCCUCCUCUGAGCUGGAGGGUUUGGGACGCUCUUCACUCACACACAUGAACGCAUCACGAUUGUGAAGAUAUGCAGAGAAAGGAGAACGUGUUGAAAUAAAGACUUUCAUUUGUUUCUGUUUACAAGUUUUACAAAGUACUAAUGGCUUUUGCAAUAAAAGACAUUUUCUUUA